UAUACGACAAGGAAUGAAAAUGACAACAGAAACUUAGAUUAUGGUGUGAUGGCUUCUCGACGUUAUUUUUGUUCAUGUCGGUGGUAUUCGUCACAGUAUGUUUAUAAUUGUAUGAAUAUUUAAAUGUAUGUGUGCGUCUAGCUUGAAAAAAGGCGUCGUAAAUAGCCGAAAGCAAGAUAGAAAAUUGAAAGUGUCAGCUGAGCCUGGGCAACAUUACGUUAACUGCUAGCUGGCUAACAAACAUUAGCAAUAGCUAGUCAGCUAUGCUAACAUCACAUUCCAUGUAACGUUAAACUUGUUAUUACUCCCUUCCCAGCCACUAAGCUACAACGGGUUAUACAUCUGUGUUUCCCUUCAACUAACUAAUUAGCUCUACUGAUCUAGUUAUGGAUGUGAAUCUGACAAUAUCCCUUAUCAGGGGACAAAUGGGUGUUGUCAUCGAAAAAGCGGUGACCGUCGCGGUGGAAACAGUAUUGGGGGAAAUGAUGAAGGUGGUUAGCAUAAAGUUCGACGAAUUUCGAAAAGAGAUCAACGCCAAGGAUAAGGAGACCGAGAACAUCCGACAGAUGCUUGAAAUAUCUCGAUGUCAGAUGAGGGCUAUGCGAAAAUAUCUGAGCGUCUCCACCGCAAAAGAUGACCGUCAGAGUCACACCUUGCAGAGACAACAGGCCAACCAGUUUGACUCGGUUCGAGUUCCGGAGGUGUACUUGGACCAGUCCACCUUCUCCCAACCACUUCCUCAGGGAGGAAUCUCAAACGGUCUGCUGUGUCGGAGAACAAUGAACAACCAAACCCAGGCAGAACUUAGGAAUAGCAGCAACACGCACAAGUCUCUGGUGUCCAGAGAGGAAUCUAACACCACGUCGCACAAAACUAAAGACCCAGUGUCAACAGAGGACCCCGCACCUCCAAAUGAUCGCCUUAUUGCAUCUGAUGGAACCCUGUCACUGACACCAAUUAAACAGGAGAUCACAGACCCACCAGAAUUAGACUGUGGCCUUCAGGGAGUGGGGGAGGGCCUUGACAUGCCACACAGUCAGGAACUGGACCAGCCCGGUUCUCCAGAGAGGGGCCUGCCAGACGCAGGCCUGGACCCUGGAUGUCAUCUCAACCCAGGAGAGGCAGAGGAAGACACCUCGGCUCCUCCACUCUCCCGCCCCUCCCCUGUGGUCAAGGAGGAGGAGGAGGAGAUGACCGAGACGGUGCCCAUCAAGCAGGAGCCGGUGGAGGUGGAGGUGGAGGUGGAGGGAGACUCACUGGCGCUGGGGCCUGCCGAGGGAGAGGGACUCGGUCAGGCAGGGUACCUGGAGGGCACAGGGACCCAGCAGAUUACGGCGGGCACCUCUGUGGGGCAGACGUCUGCAUACUACGCCCCUCUGGCCAGCUCGUCUACAUAUGCUUCUACCCAGCCCUGCCGCUCCAUGGUUACCUCAGUGUCCCCAGCGUCCACCUCAGGCCCCGGCUCGUCUCUGGCCUCUGCGACCGGCGUGGGGUCGGAGGUGGCGGCGGCGGCGGCAGCGCGUCAGGCGCGUCCGUGGCUGCGCGACCUGGGCCUGUACGAGCAGUACAAGCAGGCGCGCUCCGAGCUGCGGCGACGCAGCCAGAUGCGGAGGAAGCAGCUGGAGCAGGACCUGCCGCAGGCGCUGCUGGCCGACCUGGUCAAGGAGCGGCGGGAGAAGACGCGGCUGCGCGUGGCCCGCUGGAGGGCCAAACGCAAGCUGCAGGCCUGCCUCAUGGGGGCGCCGCAGAGCGCCAACGCCGCCGUCAUGGCCACCACCACCGCAGCCACGACGCAGGCUGGACACUCCAUGCAGAGGGCCGCUGCCGCCGCCGCAGGGCUGCAUAUGCAGCAGGCCCACAGGCAGACAGGCAUUCCCAUGCAACAGCAGAGACUCAGUGGAAGGCCGCAGCAUCAACAGUCAGUGCAACAGCAUCAGCAGCAGCAUCAGCAUCAGCAGGGAAGGACGGGGCUACACUACGGGGGCAGAGUGGGCAGGGCUUUUGCGUUUGGGGCGGGGUCUCCACAGGGGCUGCCGUCGGUAAGCGCGGCGGUGAGCGGGAGCACGGGCAGCAGCCACACGCUGUCCAGCCAGGCGUUCAACACCAGGGUCCGCUUUGUGCCACAGAGGACGACGACAUACGUGCAGCACAUCACGCCAGGAGUGGACACUGAAAUGUACCAGUGAGGGGGGACUGGAGGAGAACAGUGAUGAUGAUGACGACAAUUAUGAGGAGGAAGGGCUAGCUCUGACGGUCUCAGAUGGUCAUCUGCUUAUAAGGAUGGGCUAUUCAUGGAUAUCUCACAGACCAUGACGCAGUUUGUGUGUGUGUGUGUGUGUGUGUGUGAAAGAGAGAGAGACGUCUGGUUAAUUUGUUUCAGUUGCAGGUCUUAGCAUGGGCGAUUUUGCCACACACAAGUUCAACAAGAGGAAUCAGGCUACACUAGGCUACCAUGACUCUCAAUAACUAUGAGAACAAGUUCAAGGAAUAAUUGCAACAUUGCCUAUUACGGGUGGGUAUUGAAACUGAUGCCCCGAUUUGACUUGAUUUGAUUCUGAUUCACGAGCUAAUGAUUCGAUUUAAGUCAAUCCUAUUUGAUGUGAUUCAAUCCAAUUUGAUUUGAUUGUUUUUUUACCUUUAUUUAACCAGAGAAUAGAACACUGUGAUAUUGUUGUCUCUUGUUUUUAAGGAAUAAGACAUGGGAUGCUAUAUAACAGCUUUCCAUAUUUGGAGAGAUGCUUAAAUGGUAGUGUGACCAGACCUCCCUCACCCCACUGGCUACAGGUGGAUAUCUUUUCCUCAUUACUAAACUUUAAAGGGGCUUUGUGUAAGAUUCGGCAGGAUUCGAGGGGUCUAAUUUUUUAUUGUUUUAAACUAAAAAUCCUACACAUAGCAAAUUUAUUAAAAGAGGAAACAUGUAUGGAGGUAUAUUUGGUGCAAAAUCCCUGAGCACUUGUACACCGUAUAUCUGGACAACAUAAACGGUCAUUUGGAAGUCCGAACUUAGCUGGCUGUUCUACUGCUACCCUCCUAGUAUUUCCGACGGACAUUAUGUAAAUGAGCUUGUGUCUGAACAAAGCAAAGAACAUGCGGAGAUUCUGUUCAUGUGCGUGUGUGUCGUUCACACAUAUGUCAGCAUAAGAUCCAGGUUAGCAUCAUAUCUGAAUCACCCAAAGGGUCGGACCUCCGUUUGACAAAGCUCCGCAUAUACUCUGGAGGUUAUAUCUGAAAGCAGCUCAUAAGUCACGAAUGUGUAUCAGAAAAUUUGAAGUCACAGGGAAUUUUUUUUAUCCUGCACACACAACAUAGUAGUUACAACUUCACAAAUCUUUCAGUCCAGGUUCACAAAUCCCAAGGCACAUGUCACAAAUGAAAAACAUCCUAUGCUCACAUUUUUGCUUCUAUCACCGUUGGGACAAAAACUUACGUCGGGACGCCUAGAUGGGCUGAAAAAUGACCAUGGGGGAAACAGGCAUCUGGUCAUGCUACUGGAAACAAAUUGUGAAAACCACUAAAGAAAAGUGAAAAGCUUGUUUACCAAAUUAUUUUUAUACAUAAGUAAAAUUUAACAACAUAAGUAAAAUUUAACAACAACAGACAUUUCUCUAUGUGCUUGCAAUUAAGUUGAAUGAGAGAGUGCGACAUUUUAUUGGGGCCACUAGUAGUAGCUGGAUUUUCUUUACUAUGAGGUAAUGUUUGGGUAACCAUUGCAGGGAUGAGUACAGACAAAAUGCAUAGUAGCCUGACAUUUUGAUUCAGAAAAGAUUGAUAUUUAAUUGGACAAAUAAUUUAAAAAGAAUGACCCAAAAGAACAACCCCUAUCCCAAAACAUCCCUAUUGCCUGUCACUUGGGUGUGGCUUUUUGAAUGUUUUAAACAAGGUUAAAGUAAUCAUGUCUCUCAUUAUGAGCCAAAUCAUGCUGCCACUGGAAAAGAUCCUUUUACCAUUCUAACUGUUGAUGCACAAAGCACACUAAAACCCAGCACAGUAACCACGGCCCAUUCUUUCAACUGGCAUAUAGGCCUACAAGGGGCAACAUCAAAGAAUGUGUUAUUUUCCAGACAGAUUGCUGUUUCCUUGAGUGAGUUCUUCUAACAUUAUAUAAGUUAUUGUGUAUCAUGCCUUUUUUGAAAACAUCACUAAGUGUUUAAAUAUCAGAAAUAAAUUAUGUCCGUAUAGUA